AUGUCACCACCUCUGAGACCCUUCCUUCUCCUGGCAUUGGGCCUGAGACUGGCUGGAUCCCUCAACCCUAGUGACCCUAAUGUCUGCAGGUUCUGGGAAAGCUUCACCACCACCACCAAGGAGUCCCACUUUCGUCCCUUCAGCCUGAUCCCCUCGGAGCCCUGCGACCGGCCCUGGGAGGGCCCCCACAUCUGUCCCCGGCCCACGGUCGUCUACCGGACCGUGUACCGCCAGGUGGUGAAGACCAACCACCGCCAGCGCCUUCAGUGCUGCAAAGGUUUCUACGAAAGCAGCGGGAUCUGUGUCCCUCUGUGCACCCAGGAGUGUGUCCAUGGCCGCUGCAUGGCGCCCAAUCAGUGCCAGUGUGUGGAAGGCUGGCGGGGUGACGACUGUUCCAGUAAGUGUGAACCAGGAGUAUGGGGGCAGCAGUGUGACAAGCCCUGUACCUGUGGCAACAGCAGUUCCUGUGAUCCUAAGAGCGGCAAGUGUUCCUGUCCGUCUGGCCUGCAGCCCCCUAACUGCCUUCAGCCCUGCCCUCCUGGCCACUAUGGUCCUGCCUGCCAGUUCAGGUGCCAGUGUCAUGGGGCACCCUGCAACCCCCAGACUGGAGCCUGCUUCUGCCCCCCCGGGAAAACUGGGCCCACUUGUGAGAGGGCCUGUCCCAAGGCCACUGCUGGCUUCAUCUGCCCCAGCAUCUGCCCUUGCCACAAUGAGGGUGUCUGCCAGGAUUCCCAGAGGCUCUGCAGCUGCCCACCUGGCUGGAUGGGCACCAUUUGUUCUCUACCCUGCCCGGAGGGCUUCUAUGGACCUAACUGCUCCCUGGAAUGUCACUGCCACAACGGUGGCCUCUGCGACCGGUUCACUGGGCAGUGCCAUUGCGCUCCGGGUUAUACCGGGGAUAGGUGCCGCGAGGAGUGCCCCGUGGGCCGCUUUGGGCAGGACUGUGCCGAGACGUGCGACUGCGCCCCUGGAGCCCGCUGCUUCCCGGCCAACGGCGCUUGCCUGUGUGAACACGGCUUCACCGGAGACCGUUGCACCGAACGCCUUUGCCAGGACGGCCUUUAUGGAUUCAACUGCCAGACGCCCUGCAUGUGUGAUUCCGAGCACAGCCUCAGCUGCCACCCCAUGAAUGGGGAGUGCUCAUGCCUGCCGGGCUGGGCCGGCCUCCACUGCAACGAGAGCUGUCCGCAGGACACGCACGGGCCGGGCUGCCAGGAGCACUGCCUUUGCCUGCACGGCGGCGUCUGCCAGGCCGACAGCGGCCUCUGUCGGUGUGCGCCGGGCUACACGGGCCAGCACUGCGAGCGCCUCUGUCCCCCUGACACGUUUGGGGUUAACUGUUCCUCACGCUGCUCCUGCGAAAAUGCCAUUGCCUGCUCACCCAUAGACGGCACGUGCAUCUGCAAGGAAGGUUGGCAGCGUGGUAACUGUUCUGUGCCCUGUCCUGCUGGAACCUGGGGCUUCGGCUGUAAUGCCACCUGCCAGUGUGCCCAUGGAGCAGCCUGCAGCCCCCAAACUGGAGCCUGUACCUGUACUCCUGGGUGGCAGGGAGUUCAUUGCCAACUGCCCUGCCCGAAAGGACAGUUUGGUGAAAACUGUGCCAACCACUGUGACUGUGACCAUGCUGAUGGCUGCCAUCCUGUUGAUGGACACUGCCAGUGUCAGGCUGGCUGGAUGGGUGUUCGCUGCAACCUGCCCUGCCCUGAUGGCUUCUGGGGAACCAACUGCAGCAAUACUUGCUCCUGCAAGAAUGGGGGCACCUGCAUCCCUGCAAAUGGCAACUGUGUGUGUGUACCCGGAUUCCGAGGCCCAUCCUGCCAGAGACCCUGUCAGCCUGGCCGCUAUGGUAAACGCUGUGUGCCCUGCAAGUGUGCUAACCACUCCUCCUGCCACCCCUCGGAUGGAACCUGCUAUUGUCUGGCUGGCUGGACAGGCCGUGACUGCUCUCAGCCAUGCCCCUCAGGACGCUGGGGAGCCAACUGCACCCAGCCUUGCCAGUGUCACAACGGUGGGACCUGUCACCUCCAGGAUGGGAGCUGUGCCUGUCCUCCAGGCUGGGCUGGACUCCUCUGCUUAGAAGGCUGCCCUCUAGGGAUGUUUGGCACCAACUGUUCUCAGCCAUGCCAGUGUGGACCUGGAGAAAAGUGCCAUCCCGAGAGUGGGGCCUGUGUGUGUCCCCCAGGUCACAGUGGUGCCCCCUGCAGGAUUGGAAGCCAGGAGUCCUUCACCAUGAGGCCCACCACUCCAGUGGCCUAUAACUCGCUGGGGGCGGUGAUUGGCAUUGCAGUGCUGGGGUCCCUGGUGGUGGCAUUGGUGGCACUGUUCAUUGGUUAUCGACAUUGGCAAAAAGGCAAGGAGCACCAACACCUGGCAGUGGCCUACAGCAGUGGGCGGCUGGACGGUUCUGAGUACGUCAUGCCAGAUGUUCCCCCAAGCUACAGCCACUACUACUCCAACCCAAGCUAUCACACCUUGUCCCAGUGCUCACCCAACCCACCGCCCCCUAACAAGGUCCCAGGAAGUCAGCUCUUUGCCAGCCUCCAGGCUCCCGAACGAUCGGGCGGAGCCCAUGGGCAUGACAACCAUGCUACCCUGCCUGCUGACUGGAAGCACCAUCGGGAGCCCCCAGCAGGACCCCUGGACAGGGGUAACAGCCGGCUGGACCGAAGCUACAGUUAUAGCAACAGUAAUGGCCUUGGCCAGUUCUAUAGUAAAGGACCCAUCGCUGAGGGGGGGCUGGGGGCCAGUGUGGCUUCCCUGAGCAGUGAGAACCCCUAUGCCACCAUCCGGGACCUGCCGAGCCUGCUAGGGGGCCUCCGAGAGAGCAGCUAUGUAGAGAUGAAAGGCCCCCCCUCAGGUUCUCCACCCAGGCAGCCACCCCAGCUUCGGGACAGCCAGAGGCGGCGACACCCCCAGCCACAGAGAGACAGUGGCACCUACGAACAGCCCAGCCCGCUGACCCAUGAUCGAGACUCUCUGGGCUCCCAGCCCCCACUGCCUCCAGGACUACCCCCUGGCCACUAUGAUUCACCCAAGAACAGCCACAUCCCUGGACAUUAUGACUUGCCCCCAGUACGGCAUCCUCCAUCACCCCCACUUUGGCGCCAGGACCGCUGA